CAAGCAACGCAUAUAUCGAUCACAAUCCCAACACUCAAUUGACACACCGUCUCGAUCUGGAAGACUGGAAACACAAAGCUAGAUCGAGCUAGCUGUACGUAGCAAGCACACGUACGUACGACAUGGCGACGACGCGCAGCGCCUUGGCAGGCCUGGUGCUGGCCCUGGCCCUGGCCACCGGCUCCAUGGCCCAGAACUCGGAGCAGGACUUCGUCGACGCCCACACCGCGGCGCGCCAGGAAGUGGGCCUGGGCCAGGUGUGGUGGGACAGGAACCUGGAGGACUACGCGCGGUGGUACGCGGACCAGCGCCGCGGCGACUGCGCGCUCCAGCACUCGGACUACCAGAGAGCCGGCUACGGCGAGAACCUCUACUGGGGCCCCGGGUCGGACUGGACGGGCGUGGACGCCGUCAACACGUGGGUGGCGGAGAGGGAGUUCUACGACUACGACAGCAACACCUGCACCGGCCCCUUCGGGUGCGGCCACUACACGCAGGUGAUGUGGCACGACUCCACGCUCAUCGGCUGCGCACGCGUCGACUGCGACAACGGCCUCGGCGUCUUCAUCACCUGCAACUACUACCCGCCCGGGAACUGGCCCGGCCAGCGCCCAUGGCUGGCGGCGCGUUCUGCUUAAGCACGGCUAGCUACCCGGUACUGCUCGCGUGCUAGCUGCGAUGGAGCGAAUAAGAUCUCGUACGUGUCGUCGUGUUUACUCGAGGUUUGAGUGCCCAUGCCUGCCUAGUAUAUUUAGGCACGCAUAAUGUUGUAAGAGUCUGAUCGAGUGUCUAUAGCAAGGGGCGGAUGUAUGUACCGCGCCUCUCUGCAAUUGUCUGUAAUCUGCUGUUCCUUUCGUGUGUUUGCAAUAAAAUUUGUGCUUUUGAUCUUUUUU